AUGGAGAAACAGUACCCGGCCAUUGCAGGCAAAGAGAAAGGACCUGGGCCAGGCCGAUACGGUCUUCCUCCAACUAUUGGCUUUAUCGGCCAUGACUUCACAAAACAAACAAGCCCUGCAUACACGUUCCACACCAGGAUGAGUGACAAUAUGUAUUGUGUUGACUGUAGUCCGGGACCUCGGUAUCACAUUGAUGCUAAGAUGACUCGCUUAGGGAGAGAUGGCACACCUGCGUACUCUAUGUUGGGCAGAAAAAAAGCACAAAUAGAGAAGCUCCUCCACACCCCUGGACCGGGCUUCUACAGCCCAGAAAAAGCCCCACCGUGCAACCUCCAGCGUCGGCCCCCUUCCUACACUAUGGGCUCCCGCACAAACUACCGUACCUUGGACUUCGUGCCCGCUCCGAACAAGUACACUCUCCCUCCACUAAUGGGCCCUCAUAUCCCACACAAACCGGCCAGCGCCAGCUACACAAUGUCGGCUACUUUGAGCCAUGGCGGGCCUUCCGUGGAUCUCGCCAAGACGCCGGGGCCUUGUAGAUACAAUAGCACACACCCCAGCAUUUAUCUCCGCAAGUCACCUGCUUUCUCCAUGUUAGGGCGACACAGUGUACCUAGAGACAGCACCGAAAAGCCCGGUCCAGGGGCUUAUAACCCAGAAAAAGUGACAGUGCACAAAGCUCGGGCCCCAGCCUUCUCCAUGGGGAUUAAACACUCUGAGUUUGUCACGCCACUGGUCGUCACUAUUACUGAUUAG